AUGGCGUAUUCGUUCUCCAUGUACUACUCCACAGCUGCUGCAGCUACAACUUCCCACAGCAAUUUGUUGGUGGAAAUAUUAAUGAAUUCACUUGGGUUCUCCACAGAAAAAGUUAUUUCUACUAGCGCCAAGGUAACAUUCUUGAAACCUGGAAACAACAAGCCUCUAUUAGUCGUCAAUUUCUUCCAACAAAUUGGUCUAGACAUUUCCCACAUCAGAACCCUUGUUUGUACCAACCCUAGUUUGUUGUUUUCUGAUGUAGAGAAAAUCCUUAAACCCAAAACUAAGCUUCUUCAGGAACUUGGCUUAUCUGGUUCUGACAUAGCUAAAGUCAUCUCAAAAAGUAGUGAGGAUUCUGUAGCUAAGGUCAUUAAGAGAGGCCUUAGAAUCCUUUGGCGCAAUGCCCCUAAAGUAAUGUCACCCAAUAUAGCGUUCCUGCGAAAUUUUGGAUUUUCAGGUAAAGAUAUUGAAAAGCGUAUUGUACGAGAUCCAAAGCUCCUUCAUCAAAAGAUGGGGUGGCUUGAGAAUGCAGUGCAUCGAGUUGAAAAGAAUUUACACAUUCCUCGGGACUCCAACAUAUUUUUCUAUGGAUUUAUAAAAAUUCCUUUAUGCUUGACCUUAUCAGAGGCUAGGCUUGGAAAAGGACUGAAUAUUUUCAUGAAGGACCUCAGGUAUGGAGCUGGUUACCUGGCUUCUCACCUCGCACUUUUAGCACACAACUUGGAGAAGAGGGUGAUGCCUAGGUAUGAAAUCUUGAAACUUCUCGGCAAGAAGAAGCUUUCAAGGGGUAGCCUAAAUCUUUAUACUGCUGUGAUAUUGCAUAUUGCCUAA